AUGGCGAUCGCUUUCGGGGACAGCAUCGAUCGAAGCCGGAAUUCCCCAGGGCUGACAUCGUCACACACGCGCCGCUCGAGCAUCCUUGAAGAAAUCAACAACUCUACACAGAGACGGUAUCACCAGUCUCGACGGCCACCGGCAGCUUCCUUGUUCCAUGAUCUGCCUUCGCCAGAUCCAUCUACAUCUACCAAUGACUUCCCUAUUUAUUCUCCUUCGAAGUAUACCGGACAAUUAGGGCCUCCAAUUAAUCUAGACACUUUUGCUUACGACGAUCCAGAUAUGCCAGCGGAAUCGAGGAAAUCAUCGUCGAGGUCAUCAUCCUUCGGUGGCCUUGACCGCUCCAAGGGGCGACCGAAUCUCACAAAGAGGAAUGCAGACCUCGAGCUUUGUAGGUACAUAGAACAUCUAGAACAGCAACUCGCCGCGUCGUUAGAUCGUGUGGAAUCGCUAAAUUCAUCUACUGCGAAUACUCAAGCAGCGAAAUUCAAAGGUCUCAAUGCAGAAUAUAAAAUAUUAAAACAGGAACUGCUAGAAUGGGAAACAAAAUUCGAAACUCGAUUAAGAGACGAAUUACGAAAAACGAUCGACAAGGAAUCCGAUUUUCGUGCCAAAAUUCGCGCAUUAGAGAGAGAUAUCGAAAUUAAGGAGAAUAAGAUUCGUGAACAGGAAUGGGAAAUCGAAAUGGUGAACCAAAUGUUACAGAGUAUGGAAGCGGUCAAUGCGACGAAUCGUAGUCUGGAGCGAAGGAUUGACGUAUUAACAGAGUUGUUGGCUCAAUCACCAACGAGGAGAGAGUCAUCACCGGGUUUGAAUGUGGGCGAACCUUCUCCACAAGCUGAUGGUGUAUAUCAUACUCCAAGGCCUCGAUCUAUGUUUUCUAAGAUUCCGUUGUCUCCCGUUCGAAAAGCACUCUUCCAACCCCUUUCGGUACCGAUCUCAAAUGCCACACCGGAUCCUCCUGUUUGCUUCCCAGCUGAUCGCCCAAAUGUUUUGUCACCACAAAAAUGCGAAGAUACUGAUGAUGCCGAACUGAUGUCUCUCGAUUCUGGGGUUGGAGACUCCUGUUCCCCUCAAUCUACCCGCGCUCCUGAAUCGCAACGUUUAUCGAUGAUUUCCCAUUCGUCGAAUCCAUCCCUUUGGGGAACUUCUUUUCCGCUAUCACCUGAGGCUCAAGGGAAAUGCUCCAACCGUCACAGGAGGAUGAGGCGGUUCCCACCAGGCUCAUGCACAUUGAAACCACUCAUACUACCUGCCGCUUCUCCACAUAUACCCGCUGGCCAAAUACACCGACAUUCUUUCUCCAAUGAUCCAAUAUCUCCCUUUCAUUUGCGCCCUACUAGUGCUCAUGACUCUCCUAGCUCGCCCUGGAUAGAUCAUGAUGCUCUACAUGCUCUUGAGGGACGAUCACAUGGAUAUCAAACUUUUGAUGAAGCCAUCAAUGACGCGAGCAUCUCUAUGGGUCUGACGCCUCUGGAAACUGGCCUGGAAGGUCGCUCGACUAUAGGAUCAUCCUCUCGCAUCUUUUUUGAUGAUGUCAAUCCAAGUACCCUGGUCGAAUCCGCUGCGUAUGAUACUCAAGAACAGAUCGAGCCGCUCAAACAAAAGACACCCUGCAUGCUAGAGAAGGGAUUUCGCCAAAGUAACUCGUCAACGCAUCUAGAAACCCAAACCCAUCACGAAAUUGACAGCGAAAUCAACCCUAUAGUGAUAUUCGAUCCAUGUGUAUCAAAGCUCCACAAGACUUGUUCAGUAGCAUGCAAAUCCAUAAUGUCUUUCUACUGCUAUGUUUGGGAUGUUGUCCCAAAUUCUGGAAUCUUGGUUCGGCGAAUUAUUGCAAGGGCGUGGCAUGCGAACUACGGCCGGCUGGGGAAAUUGUCUUGGUGGGUCCUGGGUCUGUUCCUAGGUGGUCAACCAAGAGAUCAAUGGCUCGAAAACAGCCGCCAGUGUCGAAUCACUUACCACAGUAAUGAGGGCAUGACCUCCACUGUCAACCCCCGAAGCCUGGCCAGCUCCUUCAAUUCUGGAACGUGUUAUCCUGCUUCACAUGUUGAAGGAACACUAGCCAAACACACCACGACAGCGCCGCCCAACGACUUGGCAGUAUUAACCGGUAACUCUCCCAGAUUUUACACGGAAAACCCUCACUCACCUAUUACUACAAAACUCACUUCUAAGAAACACUUUGAAGCAUGGGCCAGAUUUUCUUUUGCGCUCGUUCUUGCCAUCGGAUUAGCUGUGAGGGACGGACCCGAAGCUUUAAUGGAUGAAUGCCUCAUGAGAGGAUACUGUAUUACUACGGGCGCAGAAACCGUGUUAGCAAAAGCCAAUGGUGAUACCUGCCAUCCUUCGGAAGGUUUACAAUUAUCAGAGACGUCUCUAGCACCGCCGCAUUUUUCUGACUACACCAGUAGUGGAAACCAAGUUUGUGGUGGGACUGAAAGCCAUCCGGCCCAUGUCCCUGCCUUUCGCCCUGACAUCCCACCUGGUUGA